CGUUUUCAGAUUUCGUUGGAGAGUAAUUAAGCUCAUAGAAUUUCAUAUGAGUAGAUGAUUCAGCUUUUCAUGCCUCACUCGGAUCGGUUUGCAGUGGUAUUCUGGAGCACCGAUCGAUACCCGUUGGUCGGAGUAUUUUCCCCAUGCCUUAUAUUGACUCCGUAACGAAUAGGAAAUGGUUUACUUUUAAGUCAGUGAGAGCGCACUCUUGAAAAUUUCUCUCCAUUCACGCAGCAACUGUCGAGAAUGCUAGUUGUUGAAGACGGAGACAGCCGAGAGACUUCUAGAAAAGAAUAUUAGCAAAAGUCUCUUGCGAUGAUAGCUGGUGGUGGACGGCUGAAAAACAGAUAGAUAGGCCUAAACCUGUUCGAAAGGUAAAAACAAACCACAAAUAUUGGUUCGCAAUACUUUUAAUUGAACAUUUUUUCAACUAUAAUAAUCAUGAGUGAAAACGAAAAAAAUACUUUUUCUGUCAGGCUUGUUAAACGUCAUCCGCACGGUCUUGGAUUUCUAGUGCGAAAACGGAAAAACAACCCUCCGCUCGUUGUUUCCGAUCUCGUAAGAGGGGGUGCAGCUGAACAGUCCGGAUUAAUAAAAAUCAGCGAUCUCCUAAUGGCCGUUAACGGAGUUCAUCUUGUUGAUAUACCAUAUAAUACAGCAUUGGAAGUUCUUAGAAGCGUCCCGUAUGGAUCGCCGUGUGUUCUCGUAUUGCGUGCACCUGAGGGGUAUAAUACUCGAAUCGAAAACGUCGUUGGUCCUGACGGAGCUAUAAGAAUUGUUCGUUAUAGCGAUUCAGUGGAAUCAGAUUCUACUCCGCCACGAAAGAUAAGCGAUGUUUCGACGCAGCCUAUGAAGGUUUUUCAAAAUGAAACAUUGGAGGACAAAAAUGCCAGGAUAGGUACAUGGCCAAGAAACUACCCGGCGGGCAUAGAAAAUGGAACUUCUCCCACAAGUCGAGCAGCGGUCUCACCUGUUGGGUUGUCCUAUCGAAGCGUAUCUCCUCACGCAAGCCCGUUGCGAAACCCACGUCGCCGUUAUUCCAGUCAAUCGCCAGUCCGUCGACGGAUAUCUCCAAGCCCCGUCCGUUGGCGACCUCGCCCUGAAGAAUUCUACGAUGGAUAUUUGGAUCGGGAUACGGACACAGUCCUCGCUUGGAAUGGCGUUGUUCCGCGCGAAAUCUACGAAAUACCGGUCCAUGAAGACAUCUAUGGGGGUACGGUUUACCCUGAUGAGGAUGAUAUUAUGGUAUCACCACCAUCCGAUAGGUAUUGUAAUGUCAUUGAAAAUUCCAAAGGCCUCCAGUGGCCAGAGCAAGUUAUUGUUCCAAAUGAUGUUGUGGAAAACCCCGGUAACGGAACAUCUGAAUGCCAGGAUCACAAAUGGUGUAGCAGAGAAACACGUGGAUGUAAAACAAACCACACUGAAGAGGUUCAGCAGGAAAAGAAACAACGAGAAACUCAUAUAAACGGCUUGCUUUGCUCCCGCCCUACAGACCUCAAUGUUCAUGAAACGAAAGUUGAGUUAGAAAGCACGACUACCGAUAAUGUAAAACCUAUAAAAGAAGAUACAAAGGAAAAAUUUCAGUGCAUAAAAUCAACAAGCGAAAAAUCGGCCAGUGAGGAUGUCGGCACCAGCACACAACAAUCGGAGCCAAAAGCAAAUAAUGACACUGCUGGGAGCGAACCAAAGUGCCCUGUUGCCGAAAUUGUUAAGACAGAUAGUUCUGUUCAAACGGUUCCGCUGUCCGUCAUGAAUUCCAGCGCAAUAACAGAAACAGCACAACGGACAACGCCGCAUGGCAGUCCGGCUAGACGAUUUAUCAAACUUCAGAACUAUAAUGACGGCAAACAGUUUAAUGAUACUCUUCAUCAAAAGAGCAUUGAGACGGUGCAUUGUACUGAGAAGAAUUGUUGGGGAUCCGUAAUGUUUCCGCCUGCAAGACGCCCUAUCGGCACUCUACGUCCAAAGGCAGAAGUUCUCAAACAUGCUAUCGACUUCAUUAAUCAAUAUUAUGCACAUAUUAAAAGAACUGGAUCACCAGCCCAUAAGAAUCGGUUAGCAGAAGUUCAGGGCAGCAUUGAGAAAACUGGAACUUACAAUCUCACAGAAACCGAGCUUAUGCUUGGGGCUAAGACCGCCUGGAGAAAUGCACCUAGAUGCAUAGGCAGAAUACAGUGGACAAAACUGCAGGUAUUUGACGCACGCAACAUCUGCACAGCACGUGAGAUGUUUCAGGCGAUUUGUAACCACAUCAGUUACGGAACUAACAAAGGCAACCUCAGGUCAGCAAUUACAGUAUUUCCAAAUCGAACAGAUGGAAAACAUGAUUUCAGAGUCUGGAACCCCCAGCUCAUUAUGUACGCAGGUUAUAGAAACCCGGAUGGAUCUAUCACCGGGGAUCCAGCCACUGUCGAGUUUACAGAGCUUUGUAUUAAAUUUGGUUGGAAAGCUGGUUAUGGUCGAUUCGAUAUAUUGCCAUUAGUCUUGUCUGCUAACGGUGAAGACCCUGAGAUGUUUGAUAUUCCGCCUGAGUUGAUCUUGGAGGUGGAGAUAUCCCAUCCUAAAUAUCCAUGGUUUGCCGAGCUAGGCCUACGUUGGUAUGCCCUGCCUGCCGUAUCCGCUCUCAUGCUAGAUCUCGGAGGAUUGGAAUUCACAGGCUGCCCUUUUAACGGCUGGUAUAUGGGAACAGAAAUCGCUUCUCGUGAUUUCUGUGACAGUUAUAGACUUAAUAUGUUGGAGACGGUUGGCAAGAAGAUGGGUUUGGACACAAAUGCAAAUGCAUCUCUCUGGAAAGAUCGUGUGUUAGUGGAAGUGAACUACGCUGUCUUGUACAGUUUCCAGAAAAAGAAUAUUACAAUAACUGACCACCAUACUGCAUCAGAGUCGUUCAUGAAGCAUCUUGACAACGAGCAGCGUCUUCGAGGAGGAUGCCCUGCAGAUUGGGUUUGGGUUGUGCCACCGAUGUCCGGAAGUAUAACACCAGUGUUCCACCAAGAAAUGCUAUCAUAUCUCCUUAAGCCAUCUUAUGAAUACCAGGAGCCGGCUUGGGUCAGCCAUGUUUGGAAAAACAAAAGCUCAGAGACGAAACCAAGGAAGAGGAGAACGUUUAAAGAGGUUGCAAAAGCUGUCAAGUUUUCUGCUAGUUUGAUGGGAAGAGCAAUGGCCAAACGAUUCAAAGCAACAAUAUUGUUCGCUACUGAAACCGGAAAGUCUGAAAACUAUGCUAAAAUUCUGAAAGACAUCUUUAACCAUGCGUUCGAUGCUAGAGUCAUGUGUAUGGACGAGUAUGACGUAGCCCAUCUUGAACACGAGACCUUACUACUUGUCGUUACGAGUACUUUUGGUAACGGGGACGCGCCUGAAAAUGGUGAAAAUUUUGGCCGAUAUCUUGUCGAGCUUGGGCAAGAAGGCAAUGGUAGGGCGUCAUUUCGUUGGGAUAAAUUUUCUGGACGACCGAAGCCGAAGGUCCUUAGUCGCAUGUCAUCCGUGGCCAGCCUAAACGAAGCUUCGGGCGUGUUGGCAAAUGUUCGUCCGCAUGUGAUACAUUUGGUACUGGUGAGGGAGCAAACAUCAGCCAUGCUUCCUCUCUGCUCAACACAAACGAUGGCUCAUGGUCUCCUGCUCGCUACCGUGUCGUAGCCACUGAAACCAAAACACAUGUCGACUUGUGUGCUGAACUUUCGAAGGUCCAUAGUCGACAAGUACUUCCAUGUAAACUUAUCUCUUCGAAGAACCUACAAACAAAGGACUCCAGCCGUUCCACAAUACUGAUCGUGAUGGAUACACAAGGCGCAUCGGAGCUGUUGUACGAGCCAGGGGACCACACUGCGAUUUUCCCCGCCAAUGAAGAUCAAUUAGUGAAUCGCAUUCUAGCCAAAGUGGAUGACACCAUAUCUCACAAUGAGAUUGUCAUUGCUGAAUUCCUAGAGGAAAGGCAGACAGCUUUAGGUAAAAUAAAGAAUUGGAGUCCUUUAAACAAGAUUCCCCCAUGUUCUUUGGUACGAGCCCUAAAAUAUUUCUUUGACAUUACUACACCGCCCUCUCCAGCUUUCCUUCGAUUACUUAGCACCAUAGCGACGGAUGAAAAGGAGAAAGAGUUAUUAAGUAUACUCGGAAAGGGCGCCCAGGAGUAUGAUGAUUGGAAAUUUGGCAAUAUGCCAAACUUAGCCGAGAUACUGGAGCAGUUUUCGUCCGUCAAACUUCCCGCUAGCUUUUUCUUAACCCAACUACCGGUACUGAAGCCUAGAUACUAUUCAAUUAGCUCUAGUCUUGGAUUGCACCAAGGACAAAUCCACGCAACGGUCGCAGUUGUAUCCUAUGUUAUCAAGGGUAAUCAUCAUAAUGGAGUAUGUUCCACUUGGUUAAAUAGUCUAAAAGAAGGCGACGUGAUACCAAAUUUCAUACGCUCUGCACCAGCGUUCCACAUGCCAGAGGAUAAAUCGGUGCCUUUUAUUAUGGUGGGGCCUGGAACCGGCAUCGCUCCAUUCAGAAGCUUUUGGCAGCAGCGUUACUUCGAGAUGGAGUUUAAAGGAAAGGAGUCGUCCGGAAAAUUUGGUGAUAUGUAUCUUGUGUUUGGCUGCCGACACUCAACCACGGAUAACAUUUAUAAAUUGGAGAAAAGCGAAGCUCAUAAAAAAGGAGUAAUUAAGGAGGUUCUGACAGCCCUGUCACGGGAACCAGGCCAGGAGAAGAAAUAUGUACAAGACGUGUUACUUGAUCGAGCUGCCGAUGUGUUUGAUUUAGUUAAUAAGCACAAGGGUCACAUUUAUGUGUGUGGUGACGUUUCAAUGGCGGAAGAUGUAUGCAAACGAUUGGAAAUCAUAGUACAAAAGCAAGGCAAAUUGUCACCUGAACAAGCUAAGGAAUAUGUCAGUAGGAUGAAGGAUCAAGUUCGAUACCACGAGGACAUAUUCGGAGUUACACUGAAGACAAGUGAAGUGACAGAAGCUACGAGGAAAGCUACAAGAAGAGCGUUGCUUUCAGCAAGCAAAUUAAUCAGUGUUGCUAAAAACUCAUUACUGGGCAGUAAGAAUACACUAAGCAAGAUUCCAGAAAAAUCCUGAAGGACGCCACCAAGAGUAGAGAAGUUCCAAUUUGCGGAAGAUGAACGGUAACGGUCAGGUCAGCGAUAUUAUGGCGACUACAGGAAAUGUGUAACGUGAAGACUGAUGCAUACUGAUGAUUUGAUUUAGCUAAACAUUUGCCAAAACUCAUUUUUUCAUAGUAUAGUAAGUUAGGGCCUAUAUUUAUGUAAUAACAAGGUUUUAGGAGGACAAAAUAAUGAAUAUUGUGUCCAAGAGAUAAGUGAAAACAUACAAGAAAUGGGUUUUCAUUCAAGAUUUCAACAUUACGUACAGAAACUUAUUAAAUUGUAUAACUAGUUAUAAGAUUAGUAUCUAAGUAAAAUAUGUAAACAUAUUUUCUAAUCGUUAUUAAAUUACAAACGCUUAUCAAUCAAGUAAUAAUCUAGUCACUAUGUCGAAUAUUGUUAAGAGAAUUACCUCUACAAAUGAAGCUGGUUAUUGUAUUUAAGCCUUUCAGAUACUAUUGUUUUCGGUAAUUUAACUUGCCUUGCUUUUGCUAUAAUCCUACUAAAAUUAUCGUCGGUUUUUUUUAAGUACACUGAUUUACAUAAUUAUCUUACCCAGCAUAAUAGCAAGAGUAGGUCUAAUUAAUAAACAGAUUCAUUACAUAUUAUUAUAUGAUACCUAGGCCUAAUUAUAUUAAGCAAGUUUCCUUUGGAUUGUAUUACGGGAUCAAAACCAGAUACUGUAUAUGUAAAAGUACUUUGAAAGGUAUGACAGAUGUGAAAGCUAAGAGCAAAUUAAAAAACGGAUUAGAAUGUGUUUGUAUAAGAGUGUUCAUACAUCUUUAAAAAAAUGUUAUUUAAUUUAGUAAAGUACAUGUAACAUAAGAAGUAUUCUAACAUUCGUGUUCACGUUUGCCAAUGUUAUUAACAGUCUAUUAUGUGAGCUUACGACUGAGGAAUACACGUUUGAACUGUCGUUUAUCAUCAUCACAAGGCCUCUAUCAUUGAUAUCAAAUCGAUGACUCUUAAUUUUUUUAAAUACUAUUUAAAAACCAAAUUAGGCAGUAUUGUGGUUUAUUUGAGAUUUUUUUUUUUUAAUUAUCCAAAUCAUGUUACAUUCUGUCUAAUAGGUACCGGAAUACAUACAGUAACCGUAGUACUUUAAACGCUUCCAAAAAUGCGAUUGGCUAUCAUGAUACUAACGUAACAGUACGACAGUCGUACUCGUGGUCCUAGCUGGAAACGCGUGCUCUAAAUAUGAAUGCAGACCUCUUAAUAGUCGCAAAUUGAGUACUGAAAGGUGCCUGUUUUUUCAUUUCCUUCUCCCCUACCCAUACACACACAUACCCACCCCCACACACCCGCGUGCUUUACCAACACUUACAAUAUACAUAAAACCACUGAGAAAUCAUAAUUCCGCAUACAAUAUAAGGUUCCCAUAAUAGCUCGUUUUGAACGAGUUUUCCUAAUUGCCUUAAAUAAAUAUAUGCCAAAACAUAUUUAAGUAAUAGAAUGAUUUGUAUAUAUAUAUGAGGGUAGUGUAUAAGAAUAUAUAUAUAAAGUUGUAAGAUUAUAGAAUAUAAAAACAAUGAAGACAUAAAUAAGGGAGCGAUUUUGAUUAGAAAGUCAUAUAUGUUAAUUGGAAGAGAAUCUGUUUUCCGAUAACAAGAUUUAUGUUUUGUGUUGUUAUAGUUCAGUUUAGUUUUUCAAGAGGUAAUUAAAAUUAUAGGUGUUUUUAAUUAUGAUAAUGAACUUUUUUUUUUCGUGUGGCAGUAAAUUAAGAUUUUGAUGAAAACCUAAGUACAUUGAUAAACUUUGUAUUGCUGUGACUGCUUGUUGUAAUUACAUUUCAAGGUUUUAAUCAGUUUCUUUUUCACUAUUCAAUCUUGAUGAAUUUUGUAAAGUACAGUGCAAAUUGUAAUUAAAGUAGCGUCAGUUACCAGUUUAAAACAUUAUUACCGCAAUAGCUGGAAGCUAUAUUUACAAAUAUUACAGUAGUAUUAAUUUAUUUUUUUUAAAUUAAAUAUACAAUAACU